AUGGAUGAAGAACAUGAGAAGAAGACAGGAGAGAUCCAGAGAUCAACACAUGAUGAUGACGGAUCUCAAGAUUCUAAACUAGACCAUAUUCCUGUUGAUCUAACCUUGGAGGUACUCUCAAAACAUGAUGCAACAUCGCUUGUGAGAUAUAACUGUGUGUCAAAGAUCUGGUCUUAUUUAACCACACUACCAAGUUUUAUCAACUCGUUCGGAUCUCGGGUGGAUAAAGAACAGGAGGAGAAGACAGGAGAGAUCAAGAUGGCAACACAUGAUGAUGAUGAUGAGAGAUCUCAACAUUUUCAACUAGACUAUCUUCCUUUUGAUCUAACUUUGGAGAUACUCUCUAGACUACCUGCGAAAUCGCUUGUGAGAUAUAGAUGUGUGUCAAAGAACUGGUCUUCUUUAACCACACUCCCAAGUUUUAUCGACUUGUUCGGAUCUCGAUCCUCUGCACGGCAACCGCGUCUUCUUCUCUCCUUUGUAUUAGAAGAAAGGAAGCGAUUUGUUUUCUCGUUUCCUCAACACCACAAUCCUGACGGGUCUUGUCCUCCCUUGUACAGUUAUCAGAUAACAGACCCUUGUUUAAACGAAAAAUACAAGAGAGAACAUGAAUGUUUUAAUCGGACCUCUACGAUAUCCGAGAGCGUCCAUGGCUUGAUUUUGUUAAACGGAAACAAAAUUUGGAACCCGAGCUUGAGACGGUUCUUUACCUUACCAGAUCCCAAAGAUUACGUGCCAGGCAAUGUUUAUAUGUGGUAUCUUGGAUACGAUCCGUUGGAGGAUAAACAUAAAGUAUUGUCCGUAUUACGUGACAAACAUUUCGAACCGCCGCAGGUUCUUACGUUGGGAGCUCAAGAAUCAUGGAGAAUAACCGAAAGUUACCCUAUGCAUUACCCAAGUGGAGGAGACGGGCGAUGCAUCAAUGGUGUUGUGUAUUAUGCAGCUAGUGUUGUAAUAGGUAAUAAAACCUUUUCGAAAUACUUGACGAGCUUUGAUGUCAAAUCUGAAAAGUUCAAUCCUCCGGUAAAAUUUCCCAAGACUUGUAGUUGGUCUGGAACGAUGUCGUCUUAUGAUGGAAAACUAGCCUUAGUUAAUAGUACCACUCCCUUUGGUGAUGUUGAUCUCUAUAUUUUGAAAGAUGAAACUGGAGACGAAUGGACACAUAAACGCUAUCAUGUGGAUUGUCAUAGCGAAUGGACAAGUCGUAUGCAUUUUUGGGGUAUUACUGAUAACGAUGAGCUUAUUUUUGCACCAACUGGAUGGUGGUAUGAAUUGUUUUAUAUUCUAUAUUUUGAUCCAAGGAGACAUAUUACUAGACCUGCCUGGUUUGACGGAGGAACUAUGGUUAAAGAGCUUAGACGCAGUUAUAUACUUUCUAAGCGCCGUAUAAACAGCAUAGGGGUUUUCCCAAAUCACAUCGAGAGUCUCUUGUCUUUGUAA